UAAAAUGUUUUUGUGAAAUAGCGUUAGAUAUCGAUGCAAUCAUAAUCGCUUUAGCAUAGUAUUUACUUGCAUAAAAACUAAAUUUAAUAAGAAAAUUGUUUAAACAUAUUAAGUAACUUAUGGCUAAUUCAUAUUUUCUCUUUCCCCCUCUUUCUCAAAUAAUACAUGCUGCCCAAUUUUUAAUAAAACUUAAAUAUUUUCUUUUAAUAUUAAUGCUAUUAUUUGUGUAUGUUUGUUCAUAAAUUACUAAUCUAAAGCUUUAAAUCCUAACAUUGACAAUUCACAGUCUAUUAGUGCCACUAGUGCAACGAGCGAUAAGCCGAUUUAUGCAGAUCGGACACCGCCUAGUUAUUGUACACCAUCAGCGCCACUACCAUCGCAACCUCAACAGUAUUUCUUCAAUUGCGCUGCCUCCAAGUCAGUGCUACAACAAAAUUGUCAAGCAAUGCGUCAAGUACAACAACAUUAUCCGCCGUAUCCUCAUCAUGUGGGUGUUCAUCAAAUUCAUCCACCACCCGGUGUGCCCUUUAUGGGUCCCGCCUCAAAUAAACCCUCAUCCAAUCAGAAAACAUUUUCCAGCUCAACACUACCAGCAAAUAGUCAAGCUGCUAGAGCUAAACGCAAUCCAAAUGGCAAUAACAGACGUACACCUAGUAUUUUAAAACAUUAUAAAUCGUGUCCCGUUUCACCGGUUCACGAGGAAGUUGAAUGGUCUUCGGACAGCAAAAGCAUUAUUAUAACCGAACCCAAGCGACAUUCGGUGUAUGCUGAUGAUGCUCGCACUAUAUUGGAUAUGAUACAGGCAGAUACUGAGAAGAUGAUAGCCGAAAUUACCAAGAAAUAUGGUGAUUUAGAUGAUAUAGGAGUAGAUGUGUAUGAUCAUGCUUCGGGCACUCGACAUUCUCAAAUUGUGGCCUCGAAAUCGGUUCCCGAAAAUUUAGCCACUCAACGUAGUAAUCUGCCUGUGGGCCAGAAAAGAGAUUUAGCAUUUACUCCCGAAGGUGCCAUGAGUCCCCGAGGAGUUAAACAACCUUAUGUGCCGCUUGCACCCAAACAUUCAUUUUCAGAAUUUUAUGUCUAUCAAGAAAUAUAUCAAUGUGAACGUAAGGUCUCUCUGUCCGAUAUAUUAAAUGACAAUCCUGACCAAAUGGCUGAAGCUAGACGUCUGGAAGAGGCUAGAUUCUUAGAGACUCAAAGACACUCGUCAGCCUCGUUUUUCCUAACAUCAAACAAUCCUUUUAAUGUCGACAAAAGUCAAGAAUCUUUGUUGACUGAAGAGUUCCUAGACGAUGCUAGCUAUUGCAAUAGCAUGGAAAGUAUUUUGUCAGAUGAGAGCGAUUGUAAGAGUGCUCCUUUGGCUGACAUGGUCGACAAACCGCAACCACCUAUUCCUAGACAUGCUGGUUUAAGAAAUUUCAUUAUUCAUGGUCCCACAUCGACAAUUGCAGCCGCUCAAAUGGUUUCAAAAUCAUAUGGCUCCAGUCCCAAUGCUUAUGGUAGUUUUGACUACUACAUGCAACAGCGUCAUCUCCAACACACUCCCUCUAAUGUUUCACCCUACGAGAGUUUCGAUGUUUCUAGUUACAAUUUAGAAAAGAUUAAGACAAACGAAAAAAAGAAAUCUAUACCACCAAAACCUAUACCAACCUCAAAAACAUAUCCUAAGUUAUCAGAAUCCUCUAUUAAACUCUCUAUUAACACCUCUUCUAAGGUUUCCGACGAUAUACCCACAUCCAAAUAUAAAAAUCAACAGUACAGUUCGGGCGUCAGUAAAAGUAUUAGUUCGGAUUUUGCUCAACAACGUUGGCAACGAAACUCGAAUCCUAUGCAAGCAGAGAAAGAAACCUACAGUGACAAAUUGUUUAAAAAGAAAGUGGUAAAGGAAAAACCUCCUAUACCCGCCAAACCAGAAAAUCUAAAAUCCACCUUGACUUCCACCGUUGAGGCGGUACAAAAAUUACAUGUUAAGGAACCUUUAAAGAAGUCCUGCUCCUUUGAAGUGGAUACCUCAGAUAUACGUUGUCACUCACGCACAGCUAGUGUGGUAAGAAAGUUUGAGAGAAAUUUACAAAAGUUUGAAAAGGAGAAGCAAGCAGAAUUGCAAGCCCAAAAAAAGAAAAACAAUGAAGCCAGACAAAUGAGGCCGUCCGUAAGCUCGGGAGCUUUGGCCACACAAAGUUGCUUGAAAAAGGUAUCAAAAUUUGAUAACUCUCCCUCAAGACGAGCCACUUCAAUGAGACAAAAGGAAAGACCUAAAAUAUCCGUGCGUUUUAAUACUGUAUCGCAAAUUAAAUACACACCCAGUUCGAAAAGAAAUAAGGCCAAUAACUCUUCCCUGACCACCACUUGUCCCCUAAAUGACAUCAAUUUAAAUGUGUCUCCUCCCCUGGGUUCAAGUCUUCCCAAUGAUUAUGGUGAGAAAACUUUUGAAAUGUUCAUAACCGAAAAUGGUAACGACGAACAUGACAAUAUGACCAUGGAUAGUUUGAAAUUGUACACUAAACCAACUCUGCAAGCCGUGGUCGAUGAGAUUAAACAGGAAAGAGAAAGAGACUCGAAGCACAAGAAAAAUUUGGCUAAUAAGGAAAUUACCCAAAAUCCAGCACACGACACCUCAACCACUAACCAGUGUAAAAAUAUAGCCAAACAGAUUAAUGUCAUUCAGAAACUAAUCGAAAUGGAGGAGUGCAAAUUAGAACAAAUAAGACAGGCCACCGAAUCACGCAUGCGACCCUUCGAAUGUGACACCAAACAAAGGGGCUAUGUGAAAUCUCUUACCAUGAAUUUUGAUAUGCUGGCCAAAGGCAUUGAGAAAGACAUAGAAAACGAACAGAGACGAAUUUUAGCCGACAGUUCGGACUCGGAUCUGUGUGCUUAUGCUCGUCAUAUCAAACGCAACGUUAGCCUUCCCGAUGUCUUGGAAAGUACGGAAUCCUAUAAUUUUAAUAAGAAACUAAUGCAACAAGUUCAAUUAGAUUGUGAUGGCCUGGAAGUCGAAAUAGCUAAAGAAGUAAAGGCCGAUUCGGAUACAGACAAUGAAGAUGAAAAAGAAGACGAGAGUGAGAAGGCUUCUUUGGAGCAUGUUGCAGGUCUGAUUGAUAAUUGAUGAUUUAAAGCACCGUUUUAGUUCAAAUUUUAUUUCGUUGACAAUUUAUUAAAAAAAAUAGCACUAUUAAUUUUUGAUUCAUUUAUGGGUUUUCUUUUAUUGGGUUCUCAAAGGACUUCAUACAUUAUCGCCGUUUGUGUUUUCACUUCAUUUAUGUUUUAUUCAAUUGCUGUUAAGUUUUCGCAUUUCGUUUUCACUUUAUUUAUUGUGAUUUUGUUGUCAUUCGUUUAAUUGUUAAAUUCAUUGGUAUUUAAAUGAGUUUUUUCUU